UCCUCGGAACUGGAACAACUACAGAAGAUGUUACAUUUCCCCGAGGAGGUGGCGCUACUGAUGACUAAAACAGAACAUGAGUUAUUUACGAGCGUAUCACCAGCUCAAUAUGUCCGUCAUAUCACCGUGGACCUCACCAGAACAUCUGAUGCUAGAACUGGAUUGUGCGUGGAGGACCUCAUUCAAAGAUUCAACGAGGUCAGUACAUGGAUCACGCAGACAAUAAUCACCCAGGCAACCCAUGAAGAUCGUAAAGCCGUGCUCUCUUGUAUUCUACGUCUAGCUGUCUACUGUUGGGUUCUGGGUAAUUUUAACUCGGCUGUUGAAAUAUUAGCUGGUCUAAAAUCUGAGAAGUUGAAGCCAUUUUGGUUGUCAAUAGGAGACGAAGAUGUGACCUUACUCCAUUCCUUAUCAGACGUCUUGUUGACACGUGAACCAUCCCUAGUCUAUCGUGAAGCUGUGGCACGUGCACUGGACAUCCCAUUCUGUCAGGUGGUACCGUUUUUUGGUGGAUUCCUGCGAGAUUUAAAAGCUAUCUAUAUGGGUGUACCCAGUAUUGUUGUUUUACCAUCUGAAGAGAACCAAUCAUUAGAGUUUGUAUCAGACUAUAAUGGUGAAGAUAGGUUUAUGACAAGGAUUGGUGUAGGUGGAUUAAUCAACAUGGAUAAACUACGACAGACUCAUAUUGUCCUGAAUGACCUCUAUCUGGUUAUAAAUGAGACGGAGAGUGAAGAUGAUUAUAUUAUAGAUUGUGAUGGUUAUGAACCAGUUCGUCCUUUAAACAGUGAACAUGAUGUUAUGAUCAUAUCCCCUAAAGCAUCUAAAUUAAACCAUCAUUGGCUACAGUGUAUGAACCACGGUAGUACAGCAAUACAGUGGGAAGAAGACAGCGGUAGAUCGUGUAUCUGUUUUUUGAAAUUAGAAAUUGAUAACGCUACGUUAACGUGGAGAAAACCUGCUAUUUCAACGUCAUUAUUAGCCGCUCGUUACAGUAAUCUGGAAGAUAUCUGUGAUAAUUUAGAAGAAGGAUAUUUAGACGUUCAUUGUAUUAAGAAUAUUUUAAUCGGUGAUGAUACGGUGGAUUUAAGUUCGAUCUCAAAAAGACACGGAUUAGAAAAUUUAACCCACAAAUCUAAUGGGAUUACUAUACUUUAUGGAGCCUAUAUGGCUGAAAAUCGUAAACUUCAUUUUAUCGCGCCAGAACAUACAGCCAAUAUUUGGUGUCAAGGAUUACAUAGUUUAGUGACAGCAGCCAAACAUCUUCAGGAACAAGUAGACAAGAGAAUACAGUGGUUAAAGGUCCAGUAUUUACAACUGUACUACGAUAGUGACCGCUGUCAGGGACCCACACCAGCAGAGGCAAUUAAGGUAUUUGGUGGAAGAUCAUGGCCAAGUGGUCCACAAAAUCAAACAACCAACCCAGAUCCCCCCUCCUCAUUUAGACGCACUCCUAGUUUCCAGGGCAAUAAAAUGGUGAAUUCCGAGUCUCCUGUAGCAACAGAUCCAGUAAAACCAACAUCAGCGAGAAUCAGACGAACACCGAGUCCAUUACGGAAAGUUAAAACAGAGAUGCAAAAAAAUUGUAACAGUGAUUCACAAAUUAAUCAAAUCCCUAAAGGCAGUCCUCAGCCUGGCUUCCGACCUCGCAGUAUGACCUUUAGCUUCACCAAUCGUUAUCGCUCACGUAAACGGCGCAUGUCAUUAGGUUGCCGGUCUGGAGACAAAUCAACAUCAAUAACAAACUCUACGCAUUUAUCAUUCCUGGAUUUUGUGGAUUUGUUUAAAUCUUUUGGAUUAAGGUGUCGUAAGGAUUUAAAGGAUUUAUUUGAACAAUUUGCUGUGGCUAAAACUUCACUCGGUGAUAAUCUCAACACGAAAUUACCAGAAUACAUUCCUAAAAACAAAGAUAUGAAUAAGUCAUUUUUUCUUUAUUUUCCAGACGUUAUAACCAGGAAUAGUAGUCAGGAUUUAUCAGGACCUGAAAAUGUGGAACGACAUAAAAUAUGUGACGCUAUCGCCGUGUCGAGUAUUAUGUCAAACUGUGCCGGUGUGGAAUCGUCCUCGUCUCAAAAUCGGUGUAUGGGUUGGCGAGAAUUCCGCGAGUUUAUUUAUGAUUAUCAAGAAGAGGAACUGGAUGAUAAUGAAAUUAUAGAAUUAAUUCAGUGUCAUGAACCAGACUCUACAUUGAGAGAUCGGUGUUGUUUAUCAUUCGAAGGAUUCUCACGCUAUCUUAUGGAUAAAGCUAAUUUUGCCCACAUUCCAGAAAAAUCUCGUCACCAUGAUGAGGAUAUGAAUCAUCCCAUGUCUCAUUAUUACAUAGCAGCUUCUCAUAAUACUUAUCUUACUGGUCAUCAAUUAAAGGGUGAAUCCUCCGUAGAAUUAUAUAGUCAGGUAUUACAAACUGGUUGUCGAUGUGUUGAGUUAGAUUGUUGGGAUGGUGAUGAUGGUUCUCCUAUUAUUUAUCAUGGUCAUACACUAACUACUAAAAUAUCAUUGAAGAGUGUGUGUGAAGCUAUAAAUAGAAGUGCAUUUGUAACUUCCCCAUUUCCUGUCAUUCUAUCAAUAGAAAAUCAUUGUUCAAUACCACAACAAAUCAAAAUGGCUCAGAUUUUUCUUAAUGUUUUUGGUGAGAAACUAGUCACCAAGUAUUUAUUUGAUGCUGAUUUCAGUGACGAUCCUCAACUGCCAUCACCGAACCAACUCAAAUAUAAAAUACUAAUCAAAAAUAAAAAAUUACGUGAAAACGACAAUCCUACUGUGGUCAAAAAGACUGUGAUCCAAAGUAAAACGUCAAGUUCAACAGGAACCAACUAUUCAGAAACAACGUCUGUUAAUGACUUUGAUGAUGAAGAUGAUGAGGAUGAAGAUGAAGAAGAAAUUGCUGAUGGUGGGCUUCUACUGAUUCAAAUCUUUGUGAGUUUUGCUUGGACUGCAAUUUUGAUGUUUUCAUUUCAUCUCAGAUCAAAUCUCUAUUUCAGGAACCAAUCAGGGUCUUUCAGUGAAAAGAACAGACCUAAAAGUCACCCAGAACUCGACUGGCAUUUUGAUGAUGAUCUGGAUUUAAAAGUUCCUGCCAAGAGUAAACCAAAGAAAACGAGUCAAAUAGCGAAAGAGUUAUCUGAUCUUGUUAUAUACACCCAAGCUGUCAAAUUUAGAGGUUUAAGUUUAAGUCCAAAUACAUCAUUAAAACAGAAGAAACAACCCACAAGAAAGAGUAUUUUAGUUACUAGUCUCGGAAACAGUCCCAGUACCUCAACAUUACUAGCUCAAGCAGGUAACAAUUUCAUUUUGAAAACUAUGCAAUAUAUUUCAGCUAGCAAUUUAGCAAGUGAAGAAAUGAAAGCAACAUCGCCUGGAAUAGUUCCCAAGUUAAAGAAAUGUGAAGGGGUGGCGCCAUGUUUCCUGGUUUCAUCUUUAAAUGAAAAUAAAGCCAAGUCAUUGUUUAUUCUCCUUAACAAUGUAACUCAUACUGAAAGACAGCUGAUGAGAACCUACCCUGCUGGUAUGAGAAUAGACUCUUCCAACUUUAAUCCUGUUAUUUUCUGGGCUUUUGGUAUCCAAAUGGUGGCCUUGAAUUACCAAACUGAAGACACAGCCAUGUCGUUAAAUACAGCAAUGUUUGAAGGUAAUGGUAAAUCAGGAUAUGUAUUAAAACCAUCAGUCAUGUGGGAUAAGAGUCAUAUGAUGUAUAACAGGUUUAAUCCAUGGGAUAAAGACUUUGAUGGUUUACAUGCUACAAUUCUUACUCUACAUAUAAUAUCUGGUCAAAAUGUCUGUUAUAAUCAUACAGCUAGUACUCAGAUAGAGGUAGAAAUAAUUGGUAUACCAGUGGAUUGUGCCAAACAAAAGUCUAAACUGGUCUCUAAAAAUGCUCUCAAUCCAAUUUGGAAUGACAUCUUCACUUUUCAGGUGUUAUUCCCAGAUCUAGCCUUUAUAAGAUUUGUUGUUAUAGAUACUAAUACUAAUCAUUUAGUAUCACAGAGAAUCAUUCCAUUAAAAUCUCUUCGACCAGGUUACCGUCACGUCAGAUUACGCAGUCCGUCCAAUCAGCAUCUAGAACUAGCUACGUUAUUUAUUUACUCUAAACAUGAAGAGGAGCUACUGGAACCAUCCAAUGUAGUAGACUUCGCACAGUCUGCCCACAGUGGGAAACGAAUGUCUCUAAUGUUUUUUAUCAGUGUGUUUGGAGUUACUGCCCCUGAUGAAUAUAUUAUCCUUAAAACUACUCAAGAUACAACUGCUUAUGAUGCAAUUGCUCAGGUUGAACAUAUGUUUGUUCUCUGUGUUUACAAUGUUUCUCCUGACCAGCCAUAUACAGUAUUUAAAGCUCCUGUAACUAGUACCACACAGGAUAUCAUAACUCAGGCGGUGAUGAAAGCUCACAGGACGAACACUUUAGAUCCUCGAGACUAUGUAUUGGUAGAAGAGAUUGAGAUAGUGAACGACCCUCACACUACCCCAGGCCAGGCUCGUACCAGUGAUAGAUGUGACAGUCGCGUUCUGGCGGAUGAUGAAAAUGUCUAUCAUGUACAGAACGAAUGGAAGACCAAUGGUAGAUUUGUUUUGAUGGAGAAAGAAGCUGCUGUUGCUACUGGUCUUGAGGUGUGUUUCAUGUCAUUUGAUGAAAAAAAUUAA